GGCGAUGGAGCACGUGGGAGGCUACGUGGAAUUGCGGCAGGCACCCUGGCCCUAGCUUGGUGGGGCAGGCGAGGCGAAAGAUUGAUUGACUCAGAGUAGCAGUAGCGGCAUGGGCAGUCGGUCGCGGGUGAGUAGCACGCAGAAGAGGCUGGCGAGCCAGGCAAUGGGCGAGGAGGAGGCCACCACAUACGAGGACGCGACGGACGAGGAGGAAUUCGAGGAAUUGGAAGAGCCCGGAAUGAAUGGGGACGGCGAGCAGGCAGUGAGCGGCACUAGCGAGGAGGAAGAGGAGGAGGAGGAGGAGGAGGAGGAGGAUGACGAUGAGGAGGAGGAGGAGGAGGAAGAGGAGGAGAAAGCAGGUCAUCGGCUACGCUACCAGCCGCACCCUUCACCGCCACCGGAUGAGAGCAGUCGUCCCACAAGGGUAUACGCGGAUGGCAUCUACGACCUCUUCCACUUCGGCCAUGCUCGAUCCCUUGAGCAGGCCAAGAAGCUAUUUCCCAACACCUACUUGCUCGUCGGCUGCUGCAGCGAUGCCCUGACCCACAAGUACAAGGGCAAGACGGUGAUGAGCGAGGCCGAACGAUACGAGUCACUACGCCAUUGCAGGUGGGUGGACGAGGUGGUCGAGGAUGCGCCAUGGGUUAUCACUCAGGAGUUUCUGGACAAGCACCGCAUUGAUUAUGUGGCCCAUGACGCGCUGCCGUACGCUGAUACUAGUGGAGCAAGCAAGGACGUCUAUCACUUUGUUAAAGCCGCCGGGAAGUUCAUGGAAACCAAGCGAACGGACGGUGUCUCCACUUCGGAUCUCAUCAUGCGGAUCAUCAAGGACUACAAUGAGUAUGUCAUGCGCAACCUCGCUCGCGGCUACUCGAGAAAGGAGCUGGGGGUGAGCUACGUCAAGGAAAAGCAGUUGCAAGUCAACAUGGGAAUGCGGAAGCUGCGCCAGAAGGUCAAGGAGCAGCAAGAACGUGUUGGACAGAGACUCAACACUGUUGCCAGGACCGCUGGGAUGCAUCACAGCGAGUGGGUGGAGAAUGCCGAUCGCUGGGUCAGCGGUUUCCUGGAGAAGUUUGAGGAGGGGUGCCACGUCAUGGAAAAGGCAAUCAAGACGCGCAUACAAACUGGACUCAUGACACCCCGCCUGAGGAAGAGAUCCACUGUAAAACUGCUCACCAAUCCUGGCUCCGGGAAAGCCUUGCCGCACAACUGAGUGAUUCUGAUUUUGUAAAGGUAAUCGUCUCCGCGAAAAUAAUGUUAGUAAGCUACACGCUUUUGUUGGGAGUGCU